AUGAUAACUUUUGGCGGCAGCGGCGCCAAGCGCGGAUUGGCUGCCGGUGCCAGCACCGGGAGCGUGGCCAAGAGGCCUAUGGGCGGCCUUCUGGCUGGCCGAGAAGGACCAACAGCGGCACAUUCCAAGCACGGGAUCGACAGCAAUGCAGAUUCUCAGCCACCAAAGGUGGUCUACAUCCCCAAGGCCCAGAGGGAGAAGCGGAUGGAAGAGGAGGCAAAGAAAGCGGAGGAGGAGAUGCGUCAACGCGAGGAGGCAAUAAAAAAGGCGCGAAUGGAGUACAUAAAGCAGGCGGAAUCGAACAGGGAGUCCGAACGCCGGGAUAGACACAAACGAAGGGAAAUAGAACGUAUACGAGAAGGGGAUAGCAAGACUAGAUCUGAGACUAGUGAAAGGGGUGCAUCGAAAACAAACGCUCAUAAUCUAGCCAACAGCGACCUGGCAGGGCUCAACUUGCUCUCGUUGCCAGAGGCAGAAGUCCGGCCGCGACUCAUUGAAAAGGAAUUGGAGCAAAUUCGGCAGCACUACCUAGGCAUCAAACAGGAGAAGAAGAAAGUUAAAAAACCGUCGGAAAAGUUCAAAACCGUUUUCACCUUCGAAUGGGACAACUCCGAGGACACAUCAGUGAACGACAACAAUCCUAUUUACCAAAACAGACCGGAGCCCCAGCUGCUCUUCGGCAGAGGUUGCAGGGCGGGAAUAGAUGUGGUAGAGCAACGCAAGGGGAGCAAUUUCUACGAUGAGCUAUCAAAGCGCCGCGGCGCCAGUUUGACCGGAAGCGACUCUGGACGUUCGGCGUCGCAUUCGGUGCACUCAGCUGACCCAAGUGGGCGGACUAGGAGAUCGAAGGAUGGACGAGCUGACGAUGAUUCAAGGGAUGAAGAGGGUCUUGAUACCCAUUGGUCGUCGAAGAAGCGCGAACAAAUGACAGAUCGCGACUGGCGCAUUGUCCGUGAAGACUUUGACAUAUCCAUCAAGGGAAGCCGCGUACCGCCUCCGAUACGCACAUGGUCCGAAUCCGAUCUUCCAUGGGAGAUUCUGCAGGCGAUCAAGAAGGCGGGAUUCUCCUCACCCACGCCGAUCCAAAUGCAGGCCAUACCCGUUGGUCUGCAGAUGAGAGACCUCAUAGGUAUCGCGGAGACGGGGUCAGGAAAAACGCUGGCUUUCGUUCUCCCGAUGAUAACGUACGUAAAAUCAUUGCCGCUGUUGAAUGAGGAAACGGCGCGAGACGGACCGUAUUCCCUAACCAUGGCGCCUACCCGAGAACUGGCGCAGCAAAUACACCAGGAGGCUGUCAAAUUCUCCGCGCUAUGCAAGACUCGCGCGGUUCUGGUCGUAGGAGGGCACAGCAUCGAGCAACAGGGGUUCGAAUUACGCAACGGAGCGGAAAUUAUCAUCGGCACGCCGGGCCGCAUUAAGGACUGCCUGGACAGGUCCUACACAGUACUAUCGCAAUGCAACUACGUCAUUCUCGAUGAGGCGGAUCGUAUGAUCGAUAUGGGUUUCGAGGACAUCGUCAACGACAUCCUUGACUGCAUACCAACAUCCAAUCUCAGGGACUACGACGAGGACGUUGCCCUCCAAGAGGAACUUAAAGCCAAGGCUGGGUACCGCAGGUACCGUAUUACGCAGAUGUUCUCAGCUACCAUGCCGCCGGCUGUGGAAAAAUUGACCAAAAAAUAUCUUCGGUCGCCUGUAUUCGUGGCCAUAGGUGACAUCGGAAGCGGUAAAAAAUCCAUCACCCAACGCCUCGAGUUUAUAACCGAAGCGCGCAAAAAACAGAAACUAGGAGAUAUUCUCGAGGGGCUGGAAGGACCAAUCAUAGUGUUCGUCAACAUGAAGAAGGUUGCCGAUGUAGUGGCCAGGCACAUAGUGAACAUGGGCUACAGGGCGAUAGCGCUACACGGAGGCAAAAACCAGGACAUCCGCGAGGGGGCGAUUGAAAGCUUUAAAACGGGAGAGUACGACAUACUAGUGGCAACAGACGUCAUCGGCCGUGGCCUUGACGUCAAAGGCGUGACUGCAGUGAUCAACUUUGAUAUGCCCAAGGACAUACAGACAUACACGCAUAGAAUAGGACGUACUGGCAGGGCCGGCGCCAAGGGACUGGCUGUCUCACUCGUUACCGAGGAGGACUCCGCAAUAUUCUACGACCUCAAGCAACAGCUGAUCACCACUGAGAACAACGUUCGCUCCUCCUCGGCACGGCGGCCGCACCCCAUUUCAGGCCGGCGACUAAAGCUGUCCACAGCCUCGAAUGCGGUUCACCAUACAGAUUUCUUUUAUAAUAUAAAUUCAUGUUUUGCUGAACUACUUGGUCCGUUGCGACAAGAAGGUUCAGCGUAUAGGAUAGGCUCCUAA